GCGGCUCCGGAAGUGCGGGAGCCAUGGCGGCGGCGGCGGCCUCGGCCUCGGUCCCUGCCCCUGCCCCUGCCCGCGGCGGCGGCGGCCCGGCCGGGCGGCUGCGCCUGCUCUGCCAGCGCUACCAGGAAUACGUGAGGCGACACCCGGCCGCCACCGCCCAGCUGGAGGGCACCGUCAGGGGCCUCUCCUACCUGCUGCCAGGUCGCUUCUCGGACUCCCAUGCGCUGUCGGAACUGGGUAGGAGGGAGCGGGGGGCGAGGGUGUACUCUGCUUCCAACCUCCUAGUACUAUUAAAUGACUGGAUUCUCAGGAAGGAGCUGCAGCAAAGUCUGCCCGUGUCACUGCCCCAGCAGAAGUUGCUGACCUGGCUGAGUGUGCUAGAAUGCGUGGAGGUCUUUGCAGAGAUGGGGACAGCCAGGGUGUGGGGGGAGAUGGGCCGGUGGACCAUCAUUGUCCUCAUCCAGCUGGCUAAAGCUGUCCUUCGUCUCCUGCUCCUGCUGUGGUACAAAGCUGGCAUCCAGACAUCUCCUCCCAUUGUGCCGCUGAAAAGGGAGCAGCAGCAGCCUCUCCACCCCCAAGACAUGGGAGACAACUCCUCAGGGAAGGAUCAGACCUACGUUGGCAGGCGUUCCAGCCGUGUUAUGCGCUCUCUCCAGAGCACCCCAUCCCUGCAGUCCCGGCACUGGGGGUCCCCCCAACAGAGGGAGGAGUCGCAGAGCCGAAGAGCGGAAGAGGUGAACCAGCCUCCUACCCCUCUGGGUCUCCAAGAAACCAUUGCAGAAUCCAUCUACGUUACCCGCCCUUUGCUCCACCUAUUGAGUUUAGGCAUGUGGGGCCAGAGAUCAUGGAAACCGUGGCUCCUCUCAGCAGUCCUGGACAUCUCUAGUCUGAGUUUGCUGAGUGAUCUGAAAGACCUGAACAGGCGAGAGCGAGCAGAGCUGAGGCGACGAACCAUCCUACUGCUGUACUACCUGCUGAGAUCUCCUUUCUAUGACCGAUAUUCAGAGGGCAGGAUCCUCCUCCUUCUGCGCUUGUUGGCUGACUAUGUGCCUGGAGUUGGCUUUGUUACACGGCCACUGAUGGAUUACUUGCCUGCUUGGCAGAAAAUCUAUUUCUAUAACUGGGGCUGAUGAGAAGAUGAUUAUUCUCUGCUAAGAUUAUGGCUGGACGUUUCUAAGGAGGGCAAGCAGGCUGGGGGAGGGAUGCUGAUAAUGUCUAAUUUUCAGUUAAACCAUCAAUGAGAAGCUCCUGUUCUUCAGGGUGGGGAGGGGGUUGUAUGUAAUUUUUUUAACGGAUCUAGCUGUGAGUGAUGGACCCUACGUGGGUGGAGAGACCCUGGCCACCUCUUUCUCUGGACCAUUCUGUGGCUGCAGCGAUGGUGAUGGGACAACCUCUGUUUUUUUAAGCACAAUUGAUUUUUCGCCUUUUGUACGGUUGAGCUAUAAUAAAGCCAAGCAGCAUAGUGAUUUUUGGA